AUGCGAGCGGUUGACUGCGCGGUGCUCGAAAUACCACCGCCAAAUUAUAAUGAAUACCCGCCUUCUCAUUUACCGCAACCUUCCACAUCGACGUUACAUUCAGCUUCCACCGCUGCGCCUGACCUACGAGUCGAGACCAAAUCGCUGGUACCAUCACGAGCACUAUAUGCCAGUCGAACUCCGCGCACACCUAGUCCUACCGAAGAAGAAUGCAAUCUUUUGCAGGGACUCAAGAGGGAAAGGACUUUGAAAGAGAAGAUUGCAAUAUACACUGUCGGGGCCUCCUUGAUCGCAUUGACGCUCUGCGUUACCGUGUUCUCCAAGAAAGUAGUCAAUGCUUUGAACCCUGAGACCAGCUGGCUACGCGCGCAUCCCGCUGGCGCGCUGAUCCCCAUCGUCUUACUCGUUGUGGCGUCGUUUCCCCCACUCGUCGGACACGAGGUUAUUGCUAUGAUUGUUGGGAUUACCUGGGACCUCGGGCCGGCCUUUGCUAUCACAAUAAUUGGUAUAAUGCUUGGAGAAAUUGCCAACUUUCUCGUCUUCAAAUACGCUUGCAUGUCCCGCAUCCAGAAAUACCAAGAGAAGAGCCUGGAUUUCGGCUUGUUAGCCUAUGUUGUCCGUCGAGGGGGGCUCCUGAUGAUAGUUGUCAUCAGGUACAGUGCUAUGCCGCCACAUUAUGCAACAUCCGUCUUUGCAACAGUCGGCGUCUCCUUCUGGACUUGCCUCCUCGGCGCGGUUAUAUCGCUGCCGAUUAGGGUGAUGUUCGUGUACACCGGUUAUGCCAUGAAACCAGCGGUUUCCGACAAGCAGGCCACAGACAUUGUGGAGGACGUCAUUCUUGGUGUAAGCAUUCUGGUGACAAUUGUAGCGUACAAGUGGUCGCAAAGACAGCUGGAGGCGGCGAAGGAAGGGUAUGUCUAUGAGCGCAGGAAGCUGCGACAGGCGAAGAUGCUGCAUUCAGACCGGGGCUUAUUUACCAUCGAUCUAUAA